CUUUCCCUUGUUGACAUCAUGCUCACGUGAAGCUCUGUAUGCAAAUAUAUUUUCAAUAACAUUGUACGACGGUCAAAAUUUAUAGCAAUAAUUUUUAUGAUUAAAGCGAAUCGAAUUUUUGUCGUCCCAUUAUCAAAAUCUCAUAGCAAAGAUGAAAACUGAUAGAGAUGGCAUAGGCAAAAUUAUUCUUUUCGUCUGCGCAACGUCCAUUAUAAAAUUGUCUGGCCCAGAUCACCGAAGAAUCACAAGACUUACGAAAUGGCUACUAUUCUAAAAGGUCUUAUGGACGCUGCCAAGCCAAACCUGGCCACCUUCUUGAGGUACGCCAAAGCUGAGCUGACCCCUCCCUCACCGCGUGAUAUUGGCCGCGUUCGGGAAGGAAUCAAUGACAUCGUCUGCGGAGCCAAAAAUGGCCGUUGGAAGGAAUUGACCGUCAAGGAAGCUUGGCUCAACACCUUGGUGGCCACUGAAGUUGCCUGCUGGUUUUUUGUUGGUGAAGUAAUUGGCAGAGGUCACUUCGUUGGAUACAAAUUCCCCAAUGAACAUUAACAAAUUCAUGAAAAUUAUUAUUGUAGAUUAAACUGUUCAAUAGGCUAAGGUAUUCAAAUUUUAAUUAUGUAAAGAGAAUAAAUCAUUAAUGAAUUUGA